CAUCCUCAGCAUCAUCAUCAGCACAACCACCAUCAAGAGGGUCUCACUGGGCAACUCUUAAAUGGUGUGACUUCUUCAGCCUAUCUUCUGCCACCAGGACAACCGUCGUUGCCAGGGGGACUGGCGCCUAGAAUUGCCGGUUUUCAGACUCUCCAGCCGACUGGCCACUCUGCAGUGGCCUCUUGUCCUCCGGCCGUUUUUGCCGACGCUGAAGUUAGGACUGGUUGGCCGGGCCUGGCCGGUACAUCUGAACCGAUCGGAGAGAGGCAGACCUGGCCGGACCAACAGUGCACAGACUUACGGUCGGCACGUGAAGAGGCCACUCUGGCCUCCUGGCUCUCGGACAAGUCGAGAGACUCGAACUGUCCGAUAGUCGAACUAGGCCAGCAGGAGUCGGAUUGGCGGAGCGCAUGGCGUGUGGGUGCCAGUUACGGCGGCCAGACUGGCCCGGUGGACCUGAAGGAGGCUCGACAACGCCUCCUCGGGAGGGUCCGUGAAGAAGUGGACUGGGCGCAUCGUCUGGUGCUGAGCGACUGGCCCGACAACAGCCCAUGUCCAGAGGCAGAAUGGACUGAGCUGGUGAACAUGAAGCCUGAAAUGGCGGAGCUGGGCGCCACAUCUGCCGCUCCAUCUGCUUGCACAGGACUUACAGUCAGAGAGAGCACAAAACCGACGUCCAAGCUGGAGGAGGCCAUGCGGUUGCAGGUUAAACGAGACGAGGAGGCGUCGACAGAGUACAAUAAAGCACAUGGUGUGGAAAAGCACAUGGAGACCGGUUGUGGUGUCAUCUGUACUUCCGAGAAAGACUACCUGUCGGCCAGACCAGUACUCAACCGGGCUGGACCUGCCGCGGCUACUGAGAGCAGGAGUAUGGUACAUGCUGUCUGGCCCAGUCUACUCAUUAUCUCUCUGCUCCAGGUAAGGCUUGUUAACACUCGAACUUAG